AUGACCCGGAGUAAGAGCAAUAUAGCUUCUCUAUCCCAAGGGCAGCAGGAUAUACCUGAGAGCGAUGGGCUUGCAACACCUCAGGAUCACUAUCGCCAAUAUUUAGACGGUCCGCCGCCACAUACGGAACCUAGAUAUGCAACAAGACAACAGAAGAGACAAGCCAUAUCCGAUGCUUCCUCUGCUUCUUCCGCAAAGAGAGCGAAGGCGAAAAAGGAGGUUUGGAAGCCAGUUCCAGCCAUCCACGAGCUACCACAUAAUCUCGGUAAAAUUGAGAUUCUCGAUGCUGUGGCCGUGGGUUCAACGCAAGAGUCCGUGGCUCACUCGACACCCAAGCUACAUCCAGCAGCUAGCAGUCCCUCGCAAGCUCCCUAUGAAGCAGUAACAUCUAAGCCACGUCGAAAUCGUGGACCGAGAAGCCCAUAUGGCCUAACACCGGGGAUUAGCCCCUUUCCAGACUGGCAACACCCCACAAUAGAAGAAUGUGAGGAAGUUAACAGGCUCCUUUCUUCGGCCCAUGGAAAAAUAAUAGCUCCAAAGGCAAUACCACCGCCUUCGUUGACUGUAUCCGGUUGUGGAGAGGUUCCCAGUAUUCUCGAUGCUCUGAUCCGGACACUUCUUAGCGGUGCAACGACGGGCAACAACUCAGCCAUGGCAUUCCAGGGUCUGGUGCGCAAGUUCGGCAUCCUCAACGAGGGUAUAGGUAAAGGAAGCGUUAACUGGAAUAAGGUCCGUGAAGCCCCGGUGGAAGACAUCUACGAAGCAAUGAAAUGCGGUGGCCUCGGUGUCGCGAAGAGCAAAUAUAUCAAACAGAUUCUUGAAAUGGUAUAUACGGAGAACAGAACUCGAAGAGACGCACUGGUUGAAUCAAAAUCCGGCAAACAUCUCGACCUCACACAAGCCCCUGGGUCUGUAAAGAAGACGGAGGAGCAGAAGGACAAUGAGAUCGCCAUGGCGGACGAGAAUGUCCUCUCCCUUAAUCACCUUCACUCGUUAUCAAAGGACGAAGCUAUGCUGGAAUUCGUCAAAUAUCCUGGCAUCGGCGUCAAGACGGCCGCCUGUGUCGUUCUAUUUUGUCUUCAACGCCCCUGCUUUGCCGUCGAUACGCAUGUUUUCCGCCUUAGCAAGUGGCUUGGUUGGAUUCCGUCAGAUAAAGUCAACGAAAUUACUGCCUUCAGUCACCUUGAGGUGAGGAUUCCAGAUAAUCUCAAGUACUCGCUGCAUCAGCUGUUCAUACACCAUGGCAAAGCCUGUCCUCGAUGCCGUGCCAUUACAACAGAGAAUAGCCAGGGGUGGGAGACUGGAUGCGUCAUAGAUCGCCUCGUUCAGCGGACCGGGAAGAAGAAAGAUGGGCCACUGAAACAGACAAAGCUCAGCUUCAAAGUGAACAAGCUUGCAGACAAAGGUUGCGGGCUGAGGACGGUAGUCCAGGAACUCCCCCGUCUACCUGACGGCCCCUAUCAGCCGCACCAUCGACUACCGUCCUACCACGACUAUCUCAAGCAACACAUACCUCGGGAAAUCGUUGAUGAUAAAAUGGCGGACUCGGCAACAAACGAGCGCAUUGGCAAACUCCUGGUCAAAUCCACCACUAACAUCGCCUCUGGGUUUUCCCGUAGUAUGUGUAUAGGCAGUCUGGCAAUGGCCUCACGGAACACACAUUUCAAGACUCAGCCAGCAGUUUUCAACUUAUCAAAAACAACAUCACCAGUUCGACCUGCUUCAUCACCAGAAGAGCCACCAGAGCCAUCGAUCCAUCAAAUAGCUCGUGUAAGUCAUCUCUAUAUGCAUAUCCCUUGCGAUAUUCGCAUUUUAAACCCGAACUACUCCAAACCUUCCAGGGGUAUAUGUACUUGCGCGGAUAAAACCAAGAACAAAGAAAAUGUGUUGAUGAGAGCUAUUGGUAUAGAGCUUACUCGCCAUGGAAUCCUAACCAAUAUUGACGAUGCCGAAGGGAACUUUUCGCUGCUAGAGCGAAUGAAGGAUAUGGGGCCAAUUUCAGAUUUAGAACCACCCAGGUUUUUGACAGACCUUCCGGGCGAGCAGAAGAUGCCACAGAUAGCCAAAGAUUACAUGCACGAUCUUAGGUCAGCGGUUGAGUAUGCUGGUGGCAAAUAUAUUGUUCGAAUAUUCCCUUAG